AUGAGUACGGCUAGCGAAAUACUGAAUUUACCACCCGAAGUCCUUGCAACUAUUCCCGUUGGGACGCCACCCGCGGGAGUCCAGGCCCUUUCCCUAAAUCCAGUCAGUAGGGGUUGGCUUCUGAUCUCUGUCAGUAGUAUUCUGUUCUUCAUGGCGACAACAUGUUUUAUUAUCCGUGUAUAUACGAGAGCGGCAAUCCAACGAAAGGCGGUUCGAAGCGAUUUUAUUUUACUAGCUGGUUUCGUUAUGGCGAUAAUAUUCUAUAUUGCGUCGAUAUUAUUGGUUACUUCUGGUGGUACCACCGGCGUACACGAAUGGGAUAAAUCACUGCUGGAGUUAUUUAGUAAAAGAAACUUAGUGCCAUUCUACAUCAGUGCCAUUGUAGUCAACCCUGCCUUUGGCCUUGUGAAGCUCUCUAUAUUCGUUAUGUACCUUGAAAUAUUUGCAGGUUUACGCUGGAUGCAAAUCUGCGUUUAUAUUGGCGCAUCGUUCUCGUCCGCCUUCUACUUAGCUGUUACGAUCCUCCUAUUUUACCUCUCGACACCGUUUGGCAGCGAAACAUUCGCGUCGAAGAUAUUAACGCCUCAAUAUGACAUGUAUAUACUUGUAGGUAUACCCACGUCUGCCAUUUCAUUUGGAAUCGAUAUUUACCUUCUCGUCUUACCACUCAUUGCGGUGAGCAAUCUGUGCAUACCGAGGAAACAGAAGAUUUUUGUGAUGGUAGGAUUCGCUGUAGGAUUGCUCGCUUGCCUUGGAUCUCUCUUAAGUAUCAUAUAUCGUGUGGUUAUCAACCGGAGUCAGGAUGCUUCAUGGAACGGUCUCACUGUCGUCCUCGUAAUAUUGGUAGAAUUAUUUUGUGGCAUAAUGAUCGCCUGUUUUCCGUCUUUGCUCCUUUUUUUCCGCAGACACCACGAACAUUUUGCCAAAACUGGUGCGGCUAUAUCGUCUUGGUUAUGCUGUACCCGAUACAGAAAGUCAAAUACAACAAUCAAAGAUUCUCAGUAUUCAAGUUAUCCUUCCGAACGAACACCAGCCGGUGAAGUGAAUCUCUAUCCCGAUCUUGACUUCUUGACAACGCCUGGAAACGUUGAACGCACUGCUUUGGAAAAGAGGAUGGAGAAUAGAAUUGGACGAGAUGCGAUCGCCGUGUGA